UGCCCUGUAACUACUGGGAGGAGUCCUGCUUUGUCUAUAAAAAGCUGCACUUCACUGAACAUUGUAACAGAACCGAAUUUAGGGAUUCACUUGCCCAUCCUCUGCGGGGAGCAAGGACUGAGCGCAGCCAUGUUCGGGAUUGGGAAGAAGCUUGCUGAGGAAGCCACGCAACAAGCUGAAAGUGCUGCGCAGGUGGCAGUUAACAUGGUGGGCCAGACUGUGCAGCAAGUGGUGGAACAGGCUAAGGAUGCUGGUCAGAAAGCUCUCGAUGAAGUCUACAAAGUUGCUGAAACCGGUGAAAAAGCUGUAAAAAAUGUGGCUAAUGAAGCAACUUCGUGGGGCAAAAGCUUUGGACAAUGAAGAUAAAAAUGUACCACCACUAAA